CGCCAUGGGACAGCUCAGUUGCUGGAGUGGCUGGGCGCGAUAGUCUGCGGUGGACGGUUCAUGAGCACUAGCAAGCUGAAACAAGACGCCGCAAGCCCAUAAUCGCACAAUGAAGAAAAUGCUCCAUUUAUACAGAGCGUUAGAGGAGCCGACCUGCGCCCUCUAGUGGAACAUACGGUCAUGGUCAUUUAAGGACAUGGUGCUCUCAGUGAGAAGAAGAGGAGGCCUCACCAACUGGGGGGUCCUCGUUCUCCUCGGCUGGGUGGCGGUGUGCCGUGCGGCCCCCGACCCCACCCAGAGGGACUCCCUCAUGCGCCUGGAGACCUCGCGGCAGAUCGGCGGCACGGUGACCCUGACGCCCGCGGAGACCAAGAUGGACGCCCGACUCCGGUGGAUGAAACGGCGGGAGAUGGCGCGGCCGGCGUUCCCCCCGGCGAUGCACUUCUUCAAGGCCAAGCCGCUCAUCGAGAAGAGUCCCAUCUUCGCCCUGCUUCAGAAGAUGCCCAAAGGCGGGGCGCUGCACGUCCACAGCUCCACCCUGGUGUCCGUGGAUUGGCUGGUGAGCAACGUCACCUACAGACCCCACUGCUACAUCUGCUUCACCAGAGACCGAUCGGUGCGCUUUGUGUUUUCCGCCGGCUACCCCUGGCUCACCUGGGACUGCUCCUACUGGUAUCUGCUGGAGACCCUGCGGGCCAAGAUGGGAGACCCUGCAGCCUUUGACAACAGUUUGUUGGAUUCGACCAGUCUGAUCCAGAACCUCACCAUGUUCACUGAGGAACCCGACCUGGCGUACCCCAGCCAGGACGUCGCCUGGGAGAAGUUUGAGAAGAAGUUUGUGGUGGCGUCGGGUCUGAUCACCCACGCGCCUGUAUUGAGGGACUACCUGUACCAGGGGCUGGAGGAGCUCCGCAGGGACAACAUCAUGUACCUGGAGCUCCGGAGCGGGCUGGCCAGGACGUAUGAGCUGGAUGGGAGCCGUCACGAUAAACUCUGGUACCUGAAGACGUUUCAGGAAGUGACGCAACAGUUUGUGGAAGAUCACCCAGACUUCCUGGGAACUCGCAUCAUCAUCACCGUCCACAGGUCUCUGAGUGUGUCUCGGGUCAAGGCUGCCGUGAUGGAAGCCAUCCAAAUGCAGAGCGAUUUCCCGGAUGUGGUCGCAGGGUUUGACUUGGUCGGCCGGGAGGACCGAGGGAGGAACCUGUGGUACUUCAAGGACGCUCUGUUACUGCCGGCCAACCUGGGACUGGUUCUGCCGUACUUCUUCCACGCAGGGGAGACAGAUGAGGAAGGCACCGAUGUGGACGAGAACAUCCUGGACGCCCUGCUGCUGAACACCACCCGCAUCGGCCACGGCUACGCCCUGCCCCACCACCCCCUCGCCAAGGAGCUGGCCAGGGCAGGCAACGUGGCGGUGGAGCUGUGUCCCAUCUCCAACCAGGUGCUGAAGCUGGUGUCGGACCUGCGGAACCACCCCGCGGCGGUGCUGAUGUCCGAGGGCCAUCCCCUGGUCAUCAGCUCCGACGAUCCCUCACUCUUCGGCAAUGCCGGCCUCUCCUACGACUUCUACCAAGCCUUCGUGGGGAUCGGAGGCUUGAGGGCCAACCUGGGGACCCUCAAGGAGCUGGCUGCCAAUUCUAUCAAGUGGGACAUUUUGGUGAUUCAGUCCAAAUACAGCUCCCUGCCCCCCCACCUGAAGGAGGCGGGUUUGCUGCACUGGCGGGAGAAGUGGGACACGUUCAUCUCCUCAAAUGGAAACCAAAGCCGGACCACAAAGGGAUUUGUUUAACCUGACUACUGUUUGUAACUCAAAUAUGAGGAGAUCAAAGCACACCGUACAAGCUCCUUUAGCUUUCAGAUGAAUGGAAGAUUACAAAUAUGAAGGCACGUACCUUAAGUUCAAAUGAUCACGUGAACAAACAACUUACUGGUGAGGCGCAGCAUUUUGUAUUGUUAUUUGCCAAUGGUAUUACAAUAAACUGUCAAUGUGAAGUUCAAUGAAGCCUACUAAAUGUUGACAUUAGUUUCCCAAGAACAUAAUCAUCAUCUUUGUUAUUUAUGAGUGUUUAUUCUGCUUGUUGGUACUCCAAAUUAAUAAGACUUUGGGAAACCACUAGGUAAGAGUGGCGGCUAUUCGUUCAUUUGAACACAGGGUGAGUCCAGAGUCACAUGUUUUAUGACUCACAACUUGGCAAAAAUAACUUUCGCCUGGCCGUUUAUACUUUGUAAACCACAGGGGUUUAAUUAAACCCUUAAUCAAAACAAUGUGGUGGAGACAAUCCAGAAACCAACGUUCCCAGACUAAAGGCUCACGAAUACUUAACCGCGGAUGAAUGAAAGACAUCACAGGCAUAUCAGGGAACAUAUCAACAGGCAUAUCAGGGAAAAACGUACUCAUUUUCCGUACAAUACCCACCCAUCAUUCCAGCUGUUUUCCAUUUGGCAGGGAGACUCAAGGUCCCGCUAGUCAUAGACAAGUGGUAGCCUACAACAAAUCAAUUGUGCCCUCUACUGAGACUGAGUUUUAAACUGCAACAAUAAAACUAACGGAUCAAAAAAUAGAUAUUAUCCUUUAUUAUCUUAUUAUGCGUUUUAAAUUGGCAUUUUCUGGUUUCUGUUUCUUAUGUUGGUGAUAAAUAUACAGCAAACUUACAAAGCAACGUGGAACCAUAUCAGUCUGGAUAAGCAAUAAAAAAACGACGUUUGUUUGAAUUGGUUGUAAUGAAAACGUUUUCAAAGGGUUCGGAUUCUGAGUUCAGGUUGUUUUUACUCAAUGGGUUCUCUACCAUGAGGGCAUCCCUUUUUAGUGUCCCCAAAGAGGACUCCUACCCACGGGGCAGGAGGAAGAGGGGCAGACCAAGAACCACCUUGAGAAGAACCAACGAACAGGAGAUGGAGAGAGAAGGGCUGUCGUGGCAACAUCUGGUGCGUAGGGCCCAAGA